GGGGGAAUAAAAUGAAAAUUAUAAAAAUGGAGAGUGGCACAGACUCCGCGAUUUUUUUUUUUUGUUCUUUUUUUCUACACGUGUUAUAUAUUAUAAUGAAACUCGCUGCUACACUGAUCAAUCCAAUUGGUCUUCACAAGAUAGCACUUACCCUUGAAAGACUAGGAUCUUCUUGUAUUAUCUGCUUCACUCCAGAUUCAAUACGAUUCAUUUGGUAUCAACAAUAUAAACCAGGCAUUCGUUCAUGGAUUAAUGUUGAUCCACACACCUUAUUCUCACAAUAUCGAGUCAAAAGUCAGGAUAACGAUGAAGUGAACCUAUCAGUCGACUUGGACAAUUUUGUACAUGCCACCAAAGCAGCUCAACAAGCAGAUGAAACGAAAAUCGAUCUAGCUCAACGUAUACAAAAUGGACAACGAGAAGUACUUUUGAUUUGGCGUAUGCAAUUAGAGAGCCGUGCAGGAAAUAUGACAGACGCUCGAUUUGAUUUACAUGUGAAUAGAUUACCUGGCGAUAGGAUACGACUUGUAUGGGACCCACCAGUACUUGCUGAUCCUGAAACGUACAUUAUCUUUCCAAAUCUAUUAGCUAUGAAACCGAUUGUAGAUCGGAUGAAAUCACUUAGCAAGUAUAUGACCAUUGCCGCCAAUAUGAAUGGACAACUCAAAUUGUCAGUCAAUACAGAUAUGGCUCAAGUUGACUCUGUCUUCAGCCAUCUUGGAAAUCCACGGUUAGAGGGUCACGAAACUAAUCAACACAAGGAUCAAUUUGCUUCUGUAGAAGUAUUGACGGAGGAUUUAGCCAACUUUUUGAAUUGUCAUAACUUGGAACCACGAACGAUCAUUUGUGUUAUCACUGAACAAUCUUGUCUUGCCUUUUACGUCUAUGUCAAUCUGGAUGUCUACAGUAUGCCCAACGAACACCACUCUUUAUUGAUGCAACGUCCCGAAACAAUACUCACCUGUCAUAUUCCUGUUUAUAUCCCAUGAUAACGUUUUUACAUGAUCUUUCUAUGUUCUACCUUUAUUUUCUAUCCUCAUCUUCAUUAUUAUUCAUUGUCAUUAUAUAAUGCCAUGCAUCCACAUUCAUAAUCACAACUAUCAUCAUCAAAUCUUCGUAGAUAGUCAUUCUCUAUUAUACCAGCAUAGUUUUAUAAGUACAUAAUAAAAUACUGAAAUGC